UCUCAGUGUACGUGCGACCGUUCGCGCAGUAAGACGAGUCGUAGCCCUGUGCACAACUUGAUACGCAAUAACGAGUUAGACCGCGUGGACUCGAAAAAAACUAUACCCGAUGCUUCGGAACUAAUUUACUAUUUAGGAUAUUGUGUAUACCAGUGAUAACUUAUCAGUGCUGAAGUUUUCGUAGUGCUGUAACUUUUAAGUGUAGUGUAGUGUUUUGUAGGACUAAUAGAGCCGAUGAUCACAUUAAACCAGAAACCUCGCUGGUAGCCACGUUACAAGGUUAUCGCAUAUCUUGCCCUCAAGUGAUGAAUUGGAAAAUCGGCGCGUAGCUUGCUCACGUGGUGUGCGCCCCGCCCCCGCUCGUUUCACGCUUAUAUUUAGCGAAAAUCGCCUCUAGAGACCGCACCGACAGCCGUCAACAGACGUGUUUGGUGUACAUCUCUGUUUACGAGACGCCACAUGUAUAACGUUAAGGCCGAUAAGCAGUUAGAUAACCUCUUCGGAUCGCACGAGUAAAGAUUUCUGGAAAUAGUAGGAAGUAUGUAUGUGAUCUGGGUAUGGUGGUGACGAUUGGAGGGGACCCGCUUCACUGAGUGCAGCGACAUUGACACACCCACAAAAACUUUCCAUUGCUCAAACGUAACUCAAGAUGUCUCUGUCGGGCGGCGGUAGUUACCACAGUCCGUGGUCGUCGCACACGGCACUCUCGGAGCUCGAGGGAGCCAUGGGAGAGCUGGAGCCUCUGGGCGAGCUCGCGGAGGUCGGCUUCGAACCACAGACGCGAGCACGAUCAAACACGUGGCCUUUACCAAGGCCAGAGAAUUACGUAGAUCCAGUUGAAGAUGGCGGUUCCAAAAAGAAUUCCAACCAGAAUCUCUCUGGUGCUCCACCUUUGCCAGUGACUGCUAAGAAGAACUCAUCUCGCCGCAACGCGUGGGGGAACCUCUCGUAUGCUGAUCUCAUAACCCAAGCCAUCACAUCGUCACAGGAGAAUAGACUCACGCUGUCUCAGAUUUACGAAUGGAUGGUCCAGAAUGUGGCAUAUUUUAAAGACAAGGGUGACAGCAACUCUUCAGCUGGUUGGAAGAAUUCGAUCAGGCACAAUCUAUCACUUCACAAUCGGUUCAUGCGAGUGCAGAAUGAAGGCACAGGAAAAUCUUCGUGGUGGAUGAUCAAUCCAGACGCCAAGCCAGGGAAAUCGGUGAGACGACGUGCCCUGUCUAUGGAAACGUCGAAGACAGAGAAGCGACGAGGGCGAGUUAAAAAGAAGCCCGAUGCAUUAAGGAAUGGCAUAACCGCUGACACGACACCAAGCCCGAGCAGUUCAAUAUCAGAAAGUCACGACAUCUUCCCAGACUCUCCUGUACCACAAAGUUCUAGCGGAUUUCAGUUGUCACCGGACUUCCGUCAAAGGGCAUCCUCAAACGCAUCUUCUUGUGGACGUCUUUCUCCUAUACCUUCAAUGAUACACUCGGAACCAGCCUGGGAUACAGAUUAUCCUUCGGAUUUCACAACGAAUACAGACUUUUCCCUAGCCGACUACGCGCAGGAAGAGUUGGCGGGCACUUUGGCAGAUUCAAUGAAGCUACACGGAGAUCCUUUCUUAAAUACGUACGUCCCCACCACGUCGUCGUCGGGUAACUACCGCUACUCGUACGGCAGCUGCCCGCGUCACCCGCACGGCGGCUGUGCUUGUGCAUCACUGUACCCCGCGCACCCCGCACACCCGCACUUCACACUUGAACACUUCGUCAGACCACCGCUGCCCGCCGAUUCGGCUGAUAUUAUGCAGACAGAGAACAGCCAAACUCAGAUGGUGACCACCUCGGACGCGACGCUGAUGAACGGAGGAAUGAUGGUGCAGACUUCCAUGGGACCCACCACGGUGAUGGGCCAGAUAAUGGGCGCGCUGAACACUGGCCUUGCAGAGGACAUUAAUAUUGAAGCUCUCGAACAUAGCUUCGAUUGUAACGUUGACGAGGUCAUUAAACACGAGCUCAGUAUGGACGGCAGCCUGGACUUCAACUUCCCGCAGCAACACACAGCGAUGGCUGCAGAAGCCGAGAGCCAUUUCGUGGCCCCCGCCCCUCCUGUACCCACUACCUUGUCUGGGGGGGGACAACGUACGCCAUACACUGUCGCCCCUUCUUGGGUACACUGAAUCAUACAAACCAACUACAAAUUACAACUCAUUUAUAUAAAAAUAUACUUUAGGAAAAACUUUUGCGCAGGUUUAAAUUGGGAAUAAUAAUUGAGCUGAGACAGAACUCAGUUACAAUGGAGGUCAAAUUUAAGUCAAUUUAAAGCUUAUCUUAAAAGGGGGGGUUUUUCGUUUAUUCAAUAAGGAUAUUAUGGCCAUUUGUUUUGGACGUAAUUUUUUUCCUAUGUACAUAGUUCGAUUAGAAAGUAGACUUCGAUGUUUUUAUAAUGUUAAAAUAGUGCUAAGGUUAACCUUUAGGUGUCAGCUGUGUUAGUGUUAGUCGGAUGUGGGCGUGAAAGGGCGGGGUGCGGGGGGAUGGCUUCGUGUAUGGAUUAUUGAAGGUGAAAAGGCGGUAAGAAAAUUUAGAUAGCAAAUAUCGCAAGCACCACAAUCGUAACCGGUGUGGUAUGUAGAGUGAAGGAAGUGUUCCCAGCUACGUAUGGAGUACGAUAGUUGUAGACUGUGUACUGUACUGCUAUACCAAUAGGUAACAGAGUUUCUUGUUAGUAAUUGUUAUGAAUGUUGUACCUCGCGUGUCGAUUAUAAUGUAUAUUUUAGUAUAAAUUACUAUUGUCACGCUAAACUCUGCCUAAACCAUUGUUCGUGUUAUGGACCUACCUUCAUAACUUGUCGUAUAUUUUUUCUGUAUAUAUCUCUGUCCACUAUUGUAAGUCGGGCUCUUUGAUUAUUUGAUUUGGCGAUUUGAUUAUUUUAUUCAUCGUAUUACAAGGGCCGUAACGCUAUUAAAAUAAAUUUUCAAUUAUGAAGAUGUAACAGUGAGGGCAGACCUUUACACUAUGUUUUUUGCGAUUAAAUUAACUACACAAUAUUUGAAGGUUUAAAUUUAGACUUACUUUAGACCGUACAAGAAAAGAACUCAUUUUAUCUAGUGUAUGUACUAAUACAAAAUAAAAAAUUUAAGGCGUUUAACUGGUUUUGUAAAUUAAAGGAGCGUUUAAGCUCUUGUCGGAGUGUUGCCAUUUUACAUCGAAAUUAUUAGUUGUUUUAUAUAAUGUACUAUUUUAAAUGGAACAGUAACACGAACUAUGAUUUAGAUAUUUUUAGUAGAUAUAAUUGAUUGUAAGUAAAAUUUAUUAUUGUUAUUAAGUCAUUUAUUGCCAUUAUAAGUUUAUUUUACAAUCAGAUCAAACGGGCCAAAAUAUUUUUUAUCCUGCAAUAGAUUUAUUGAUCAUAAAAUGUACCUACUUUUUGUAGUUUAAGUUAUAUGUAUAAAGAAUUCAUUAAAUGUAUCCAAAUUUCCUUUGUAUACCUCAUAAAUUGCCAUCAAAUAACAUUUAAAUUUAUAUCGGUCUGCUCAUUAUUAUUUAAACCAAAUCAGUUCGGGGCAACGAUCUUAAUUAAUAAGUGCGAAGAGUUGGAGUAGAUUCAUGCGUAUGGUACGUAAGCUCAUUAUUUGGAGUUUGAAAAGUACUUGGAAUUUUUAAAUAUAAAGUUUACUUAAAUAAUACGUACACUUUUUCAAUUAAUUUGGUAAUAAACUUAGAUGAUGUUAGAACAUAAAUAAUUUAAGGGUCUAUCCACACUAUGACAACAUAGUCUAUGAUUAAUAUUAAUUCAUUAUCAUCUACAGUGUUUAACGGGAACGUUUAUCAAUACAAAAAUACCGGUUACAAUAUGAGUUACGAAUCAGUCCUAUAGAAUAUCAGACUAAUAAAAAAAAAUAAGGAAUAAAUAUAUAUAUUGACAAGUAUAUUAAUGUAGUUAGGUAAAAUUGCUAGUGUGAAACAAGAUUAAAAGGACAGGAGUAAUUUUUUGAAGUGAAAUGAAAUUCAAAUAUCUGUCUGUCUUCUAGUCCCGGCCAUGAUUUAGUAAGCCAGCAAGGUCUAGGAAGUAUUUAAAGAAAUAUUGUUCAGACAUAAAGGCAGCUUCAUAUUGAUCGCGGACUGACUCGAUUGAUCUUUAUGCCGGGCUUACACGUGGUGUCAAGUUCUCUUUUACAUGUUUCAGUAAUAUAUUGAUGAAUCUGUUUAAGUAAAUUCCUCUACCAAUUAAUUUCCCGGUGAUCAAUCAUCUAUCCACAAGACACCAACCUCAACACAACCCACACUUGUUAGCUGUCAGGACGCCGCGAAGGUGAAGUCCCUGUUCGUUUGUGUGGUAAAGGUUACUAUAACAUAAAUGACUUUCUUAAUGAUACCAUAAACUGGGGAUGGAGCUGAUGGGUAGAUUUUGAAUUGUCAGUCUAGUUUGAAUGGGUGGUAGUUUUUGACGUUCAAUUAGUGAUUUUGAAUCCUAUUUUGAAUAAAAAUUUAUAUGAAUAUGUUAUUUAAAAUGCAUAUUAAAUGUACUUUUUUUUACAAACUCAUAAACAUUUAUGAUUUUUUGCUGGCAUAUCUAAACAAAGGUAUGCUCGCUUUGACUCUCUCUAACUCUACUGAGAUUGCCUUUUGAAACAAAAUUUAUAUUGAUGAAAAAUAUUCAUACUACUUUUUAUACAGUUUUGUUCCACCUUUAUCUUAGAUUUAACGGGAUUUUGUUAUUUAAGAUCUUUAUAAAGAUUUUGUGGAAUAAACUGGUUUGUAACGGGUUUUCUUCAUCGUCGAGUCAUUUGUCAGAGAAAAGUUUUAACCUAAUUAUUGACCUAAUAUUUGUUUAACAACACUCACCACUCACAAUGAGGGCUUUUAACUCUCUCUGACUCACUAAAGAACUCUCUUAAAGAUUAUACUCCGAACGAAAGAUAAAAACAAACCGAUUUUCUCCGGUUGUAACUUGAAAACUGUAAAUGUUAACUUGUAAAUUGAAAACCGAUUUCAUGUCUUAUGAAAUUCGACCUUAAAAGUCAGAUUGCAGAAGUUUGCAGCUUCUUGUGUUCAAUAUUAACAAUGUUAUACGCAGAUGAUGAAGCUUAACCAUAUUAUAUGAAUCACCUACUCCUUCUGUCGCCUACUCCCACUAUAAAAUACCUGUGUACUGUUUGUGCUAGAUUUAGCCAUUAAGUGUUCAUAUUAGCAACAUAAUAUUAAGUCAAUUCUUAUUAUAACGGGGAAUCCAUAUUAUUUGCCUCCUCUGUUAUAAGUGCUUACGGUUAUGUCGAUAUUUCUGUUAAUUUGUUUUCGUAAGUGCAUGGCUGACGUUGGUGCUAUAGUCGGACGUGGGAUAGCGCGUUCAUAUUUUAUAAUUUAAUUUUACUUCCGAUAGCGACGUACAAAAUUUAAAUACGUAACGGGGCAAGGGAUGUACGCGAAAUGCGAACUUAAUUUCAUGUAAAUAUAGUUUAAAGUUGAGUUGACUUUAAGUCAUUUCGGGACAAUUGUUCGAUGUUCAACAUCGGAAUUAUUGUACUUCGGAAGCCUUUGCCAAAUAUUGAAACGAUAGAGCACGGUGGUAGCGGGUGUGUACGGUUAUAUGUGACUCGUAACUCUCAUGUUAGCUUAGUGUAGGUAACUAUGGUUGUUGAUAGCAUACGUGUACAGGUAGUGUAAGACGAUGUCAAUGUAUGUGGUCAAUUAUGUAUGGACCGAAUUAGAAUAUCGCUGUGUACAAUACUGGGUUCGAUUGUGAAGUUGACUUGAAAAUUCCUAACAAAAGUUACCAUCACAUUUACUGUGAACUUGGUAUGUAGGUAGUAAUUGUUAAAACAUUAGCUAGUGUUUUUUAAGUUUCGAAAUUGUUCACCAGUGUUCGCUUAUAAAUAAUUGUCUAUGUUGAAUGUGCGAGGUUUUCCAAAUGUUGAAUUAUGUAAUAACUCUUUACAGUUAUUUUAAAAUAGUUUAAAAUAUAUAUUCUUUGAAAUUAUGUUUAAAACAUCAACUUGUUAUUUUUUGGUUGCUUAUUAAUGUUUUUAUGUAAUUAAAUUUAACUUUGAAUGUGAAGUAUAAUAGUUAAGUUAGGAAAAUUGUGUUAAAUGUAAAUAUAUAGACGAAAAACAUGUAUGUAGAUACAUAAAUAUUAUUUAUGUAUUAAAUUUGAUAUUGUUUUCAAAAUUUAA